UUAAUUAGAACAAUAUGCUCCAGUGUUGCAAAAGACUAUUUGAGACUCAGGGAAUCCCUUCACUGUUACUGUACAGGUCGAUAAGACUACCACCACUCUUGUCUGCACUUCCUAGAGUGCCAUUAAUCAGUUUUCCUGCAAGAAAAGGACCAGAUGGAAAACCAUUAAUAACCCUGAGUCUGGAUAAUCUAGUCAAAGGAAGUAGUGGUCAUACUCAAGUAAAGUCAUUGAAUUAUGCUGAUCUAUCUGUUGGGUAUGGCCGAGCACCAUUUACUGUAGAAGAGAUGGAUGCUAUUAAUAGUGGUGGUGCUGUUGACUGUUAUACUUAAAGGACAUCAGAAACUUAUAUUGAACACUAUUUUAUCAUCACAGUCUAUGCUAGAAAAAUCAUUAGUAAUAGAUUUAUUCAGGCAAUAGCCUACAUUAUUGAUUUUUGAAGAUUGCAACCAUUUUUGUAGUUUUGAAAUGCUUAUAAUUAUAACUUGGUUAUGUUUUAAUCUCUUAU